GGCUCCCUCCCUCGGCUGCUACUGCUGCAGUGUCUCCGAGGCAAGCAGGCAGGCGGCCUGUCUCCAUCCGAGCGCGGCUCCCUCGCUGCCUCUCCGCCGACGUCCCGGAAAGCAGCAUCCCUCUCUCUCCGCCGCCGGCAUGGCUGGCGUGAGCUUCGGCGCCAACCGCCUGGAGCUGCUGGCCUCGUACCAGGAGGUGAUCGGCGAGGACAGCCCCACCGACUGGGCUUUGUAUACUUACGAAGAUGACUCUGAUAACCUGAAACUGGCUGCUUCAGGAACUGGCGGCCUACAAGAACUCUCCAGCCAUUUUGAGAACCAGAAAGUGAUGUACGGAUUCUGCAGUGUCAAAGACCCUCAGGCCACCCUCCCUAAAUAUGUCCUCAUUAACUGGGUGGGAGAGGAUGUAGCUGAUGCCCGCAAGUGUGCCUGCGCCAGCCAUGUGGCCAAAGUCGCGGAAUUCUUCCAGGGUGUGGAUGUCAUUGUCAAUGCUAGCAGUGUGGAAGACAUCGACCCAGGAGCCAUUGGGCAGCGGCUCUCCAACGGCCUUGCCCGCAUUGCCAGCCCCGUGCUGCACCGUCUCCGCCUGCGUGAGGAUGAAAAUGCACAGCCGGUGGGCACCACCUAUCAGAAGACUGAUGCUGCUGUGGAGAUGAAGCGACUCAACCGGGAGCAGUUCUGGGAGCAGGCCAAGAAAGAGGAGGAGCUGCGCAAGGAGGAGGAGCGGAAGAAGGCCCUGGAUGAGCGGCUGCGCUUUGAGCAAGAGCGCAUGGAGCAAGAGAGGCAGGAGCAGGAGGAGCGAGAGAAGCGCUACCGGGAGCGCGAGGAGCAGAUUGAGGAACACAGGCGAAAGCAGCAGACCCUGGAGGCAGAGGAAGCCAAGCAGCGGUUGAAGGAGCAGUCCAUCUUUGGGGAGCAGGAGGACGACGAAGACAGGCAGCAGCCCAAAAAGUCUGAGUCAGAGGUGGAGGAGGCGGCUGCCAUCAUUGCUCAGAGGCCCGAGAACCCCCGCGAGUUCUUCAGGCAGCAAGAGCGAGUGGCUUCGGCCAGUUCAGAGACACCCCCGCCCAUCAACAGAACAGCAGGUCGUCUGCACUGUCCUUUCAUAAAGACACCUGACAGUGGGCCGCCUUCCUUCUCCUCCUCCUCCUCCUCCUCCCCUCCACGGACUCCCUUCCCCUAUAUCUCUUGCCACCGCACACCAAACCUCUCCUCCUUCUUCCCAUGCAGCCAGUCGGAAACGCACAGAAAGGUCUCUGCCUCCGCCAGUAGCCCCUGCGACUCCAGCACAGCCUCGACGCCUGUUGGGGAGCAGAUUGAGCGGGCCCUGGAUGAGGUAACGCAGCAGGGUGCAUUGAAAGACUCCUCCAGCCCCAGCAGCGACGAGACAGCGGUGGCAUCCGCAAUGAGCUGGGCCCCUGCCAGCGUGGAGCCUCCGGUGGAGAAGGCCGAGGAGCCCCCUGUGGGGGCAACAGCCUGGCAGGCAGGGGACUGGGCAGAGCCGCAGCAAGGCGGGGCUGGCCCCACGGAAGACCUGGUGUUUCCAGAGCCCAAAGACGAGCCUCUGUUCCCAGAUGCCCCGCCCCCCAAAGAAGAGCCUCUGUUCCCAGCAGCCCCUCUGCCCAUGCAGAGCGAAGGUGCCCUGGAUCUGGGCGAGGCCUUUGGGUUCUCGCAGCCCCCCGCCCCGCCGUCAGAGAACAUCCUCGACCUGUGGCAGAACGACAGCGCCGCUGCCGAGCCCAACCCUCCCGACGCCUGGGAGCUCCAGGGCGGGCCCCCCACCCCAGCCCCGUGGGACCUUCACGACGGGCCUCCCACCGCCGCGCCCAUGCUGGUUGAGGUGGAUGCCCCCCCAGGGGCAGUGGAGCCCCCGCCCUCCGCCAGCCUCCUGGAAGAUAACCUGUUGAACUUCAACGACCUGCCCGAGCCCCCGGGCACCUUCUGCGACGCUGAGCAGGAUGAAGAGCCGGCCAGCAUCAUUGCCAUCGAGGGGCUGCACCAGAUGACCCUCAGCUACCAGCAUGCCCUGCAGGAAGCUUCCGGGGUGCACCAAGAGCCCCAGCUGCUCACCAACGGGGAGACGGCCCAAAAGGAAAGCACGCAGACCAGCGAGGGUUAUUUCAGCCAAUCACAAGAUGAAGACUUUAACCAAUCAGAAGAGCCAUCUGCUAAAGCUCCUCCUCCAGUGUUCUACAAUAAGCCCCCAGAGAUUGAUAUCACCUGUUGGGAUGCGGACCCAGUGCCAGAAGAUGAGGAGAACUUUGGGGGCAGCGUUUAAGGCCAGCUCCCCUGCCCGACUCCUGUAUCCUGCACCCAGCAAGCCCAGCGAGUGCAAGCCUGGAGCAACCGCAGUGAGGGCCUGGUGCCUGCUUGCUCCGUAUUGUAGCCCUGCGGUCCAGGGCCCUAAGAUUGUGCCCCAGCCAGACAGGAUAUUCUCCAUGGUACUCCGGGGUAACUUUUUCCAGCUCUCUUUCUCUUUCUCUCUCUCUUCUCUCCUUGUUUUUCUAAUGUUGUCAAAUAGGAAACGUGUAAAUCUGCCUGGUUCCCCUCUUCGUUGGUAGCUUCCCUGCAGAUCCUUCCCCCCCCCCCAAUUGCCUCUGCCCAUUGGGUUUUUUCUGACACUCCCCCCCCCAUGCCAUGUAUACCAUCUGGGUUGAUCUCCUGCGAGUGCUGCUCUUGGGGGUGGGUGGGGAGGGUCGUUUCCUCCUCUCAGACUCUGCCCAGAGUUUUGAGUAUUUUGCACGAAUUUAAAAUAAAAUAUGGCAAUAAAAUGGCCCUUGUGUGGGCAAGGCUCUGGCUCCCAU